AUGUAUUCGAUUUAUAAAUUAUGUUUAAUCUUAUUAGCAUUUUCAUUUAUAUCAUUAUUAAUAAAUUUAUAUGAUAAUCAACCAAUAAAUGAUAUAGUUAUACCAUCAACAAAUUUUAUAGAAUCAGAAUUACAAAAUAAUAAUUUCAAUUCAAUAAAUGAAGACACCAAUAAAAUUAUAAUAUUCCCAAAUGAUUUAAAAUUAAAUAAAAAUAAAUUAAAUUGGAUUUAUGAAAAGCAAUUAAGUUCUAAAGUUCAAAAAAAUGAUUUCUUAAUUGUUAAUAAUGAAAAUAGUGUAAAAUAUCCUAAUGAUUUGAAAUUUGAAAAUUAUAAAAUUGGUAUAUUUGAUUCAAAUUAUGUCAAUGAAGAACUAAAGCAAAAGGAAGAACCUAAAUCAAAUGAAAAUUCUGCAACAACUGAAUCGAAGCCCAAUCUCAAAUGUAGCGAUAAGUUUAGAGAAAUUGAAUUUCAAAUUAGUGAAUAUGAAAAUCGAAAUGCUAAUUUGACUGCAAUACUUUAUCAAUUUAUGCAAUCAAAUAGUCCAUAUUAUCAAGAAAUUAAAGAACUAAUCCCCAAUUUAAAACAACAAUUACAAGAAAAUACAAUUAAUAAAUAUUGGUUUCAAUUAAUUGGAAGUUCAGUAUGGUUAGAACAAUAUGGUAUUCAUUUAUUAACUUCAAGAAUAUUUUAUACAUCAACUGGAAAUAAAGUUAAACCAGUUAUAUCAUUAAUUUAUGUACAAAUUUUUGAUUCGAAUUGGAAUGAAUUAAAAAAUGUUGAAUUAAUUAUACCGAGAUUUAGUAAAGAUAAGGAAAAUAAUCAAAAAAAUAAUAAUAUAGAAUAUAAAUCAUUUCAUUAUCCUCAAUUCCUACCUAUUCCAAUUUAUCAUAACGCAAAGAAACAAUCAGGUAGAUUUUAUGGAGCAGAAGAUCCAAGAUUAAUACUAAUUAAAAAUGAUAUGGGAUUUGAUGAACCUUUGAUAAUAUAUAAUUCAUAUCAUAGAAAAAUUUCAAAAUUUAAAACAAUUGAAAAUGAUAAUGAAGGAUCAAUAUAUUUUGAAUUUUUUAGAUCAAUUUAUAUUGGAUGGUUAUGGGAAACUCAAAUUGGUAAAAACUCAAUCGAAGAAAUUGAUGAAAAAUAUAAGAAUCAAGAAUAUAUAAAAAUUAAAGAAUUAAUAUUACCAAAUUUUAAACGUAUGGAAAAAGAAAAAAAUUGGACUCCCUUCAUUGAUUUUCUGGAAAGAUUUAAAAAUAAUGGAAUUGAUAAAUCAAUAAAUUUUAUUUAUCAAUUUAAAAAUUUAAAAAUUUUAAAAUGUUUUUGGGAUAAAGAAUUAUGUGAAUGGGAAUAUUUAAUGAAUAAAAAAAAUUUAAUAAGUGAGUUUAGAGGUGGUACACAAUUAUAUAAUAUUAGGGAGAUACUUGAUAAGAAAAAUGAUAAUUAUGGAAUUAGUGAUCCAACACCUAAUAACAAACAAUUAAUUCAAUUACAAAAUUUAUUAAAAACUUUUAAAAUUCAAAUUUGGAUAGGUUUUGCAAGAAUAGCAUUAAAAAAUUGUGGAUGUGGUGAAAAAUUUUAUAGACCUAACCUAUACAUGUUAAUAAAAAAUGAAGAGACUAAAAAAUAUCAAAUUUCACAUAUUUCCAAAAGUAUAGAUUUUAAUAAUAUUAAAAUAAAAUCAUGGGAUGAAAAUGAUCAAAAUUUAUGUAAUGGUAAAAAUUUAAUUAUACCCAAUGGUAUAUCAUCAUGGGAACUAACGGGUUCUGAAGAUUUAUUAACUUUAACUUUUUCAAGAGCUGAUGUUACUAUUGAUAUGAUUUAUAUAAAAGGUUUAUUAACAAGUUUAUUUUCGGAUGAAGAUGAAAAUUAUAUUCAUAACUUAGUAACAACAAAGAUUGACGAAGAUAAUCAAGAUUUUACAAAUUUUAAUGUUGAAUGUUCUAUAAAAUCUGCUUUUGAUUAUUGUAUUGAAUAUUCAAAAUCAUAUAAAGAAAGUAAUGGUUUAACUAACCCAAGUUAA